AUGUCCUCACCGGUCAAUGACCACGACGCCUUGUCAAUAACAUCCACAGUUCGACCAUUGUUGCCCUCUCUCGAACUGAGGCCAAAUCCAGUGGAGCAGCAACUCCGUCAGCACACACGAGCUCUCAUUUUCAUGAUGUCAAUAUGGUAUACCAAGGAUGGUGGAUUGGAUUCUCAAACAACAGGCACACAGUGUGAGGCAAUUCUCACCCACCGCACUGAUAAGAAAACUCACAGGAAGGCUGGCCCGCAAUCAAUAGAAGUGGGCUCAGAGACUGCUCAUUCGUCGCCGAUACGCUUGGGUGAUACAGAAGGGCUUCGGGUCUGUGCAGAGUACUACGAAGACUCAGAAGAAAGUGCAUCCGCCGCUCCGAACGCUCUCCACAACUUUCCUUUUUGCGAGAUCCUGGAUGAACUCAGGAACCUGCACAUUGAGUUGUGUGCGAUGCAUGUUUACGUCCAGGCUCUCGAGGGCAUACUCCGCAAACUAGAUAUUUCCAUUCCACGCCCCCCUGCAGCUGAUGAGGGCCUGGAAGCUGUGUACAAGGACUGGGAUCCUCCGUUAUUGGAGGGCAUGCGUGCAAGAUGGAAACUCCAAUAG